AUGGAGAUACUCUACCGUAUUCGAGAUUACCUAUAUCCGCAGACCAACAUUAUACUGUUGGGUCCUCCGGGAAGCGGAAAAGGAACACAGGCCGAGAAGUUGUCCAAACGCUUCCAGGCGUGUCACUUAUCGACAGGGGAUAUGCUACGUGCCGCUGUUGCCUCGGGAUCACCAAUAGGUAUGAAGGUGAAGGAAACGCUGGCGAGCGGUCAGCUUGUGCCAGAUGAGAUCGUGUGUGAGUUGAUUGACAAACAUCUUAGCCAACCGGAAUGCCGCCGGGGAUUUCUGCUUGACGGUUUCCCUCGGACGGAAUAUCAGGCGGAAAAGUUGGAUGAACUUCUCCGGAAACGGCGACGAAAACUGAUAGCAGUAUUCGAGCUUCGCGUUAGUGAUGAAGUGCUCGAAAAGCGAAUUUGCGGACGUCUGCAUCACGAAGCCAGCGGCCGAUCCUAUCACGAGGAGUUCAAACCACCUAAAGUUGCAAUGAAAGAUGACGUGACUGGUGAGCGUCUCGUUCGUCGCCCAGACGAUUCUGUGGAAGUGCUCAGAAAGCGCCUAGCUGCGUACCACGAGGUGACUACCCCUUUGAUUGCGUUCUACAAGAAGCGCACGCUUCACACAUUUGUGGAUGCCUCGAGACCGAUUGAAGAUGUCUUCCAAGAAAUUGUUAUCCGUCUGGCCACCAUCCAUCGCUCUUGUGCUUAG